AUGUUCUUGGCUGUCUGCACCCUCUUGGCAAUCGUGCUCGUGGUGUUCUCUCAUCUGGCGGACACCUUCUGGUACAUGAGGUUCGUCUUCGACACAAAAUGGGGCUUCGCCUUGGCAGAAGGCUUUCCUUACACCGCCCCCGUGUGGAUGGGCGAGUUCGGUCAGCAGGAAGCAUUACUGGUCAGGGCCCACUUGGUUAGGAGCGAGGGCGACUCUUUCAAUUCAGGGCAAAAGGUGGUGCUGCGGAUGCGCCAUGCUGACUGGUUCUUCUUGGAGGAGCCACACCAGUUGAUCAGAGUUUUGCAAGCACAGAGUUGUCAGGUUCAGGGCGACUGUGUCCUGGAUUGCACAGCACAAGCAACCGUGGUAGCUGCUUACAGGCCGACGCAAGUCGGCGAGUCACUCUACAUGGCAGAGCUUUUCAGUGGCGGCUUUGCAGGGUGGGCUCAGGCUGCAUGGGUGCUUCAUACUUCAGGAUUGCCCAUUUCUACACGAUGGACCAUGGAUGUUGAUGAUGAUGGGAUUGCGAUGCUACAGGCCCAGGUCCCUAAUCUCCGGGUGGUCCAGAGCUUUGAUGAUCUUGAAGCUGUUGAUGCUGAAGCUGCCGAGCCAAUGCAUGUCAAUGCUGAUUUCAAUUGGCAAUGGUGGUUGCAUUGUUUUGCUACACACCCCGUGCAGAUUGUGGCAGCAUCUCCCCCCAGCCAACCCUGGAACGCUUCUGAAAGUGCAGCUGGCUUGUUGGCGCCGGACGGGCAAAUGCUGCUACGCCUAGCAGACAUAGCAGGGGCUUUUGAGAUUCCGGUGGGACCCCUGCCUGAGCGAACCAGUGCAGAAUUUGUUCGGUUGGCACUGCAGUUUCCUGACGGUGACGUGCAGCUACAGGUCCCGAACGGCAGUCAACCGGAACAGGUGCUCCAAUGGCUUGGGGCUGACAUACCCCUGUCGAGCCUCCCGAACGAUCACCAGCAGCGCCUGGGGACUUUGACCAUUCGCUUGCCCCAAAGACCUUGUAUUGAGAGCAACGGGGACUUCAGCCUCAAUCAGUCGGAAGCCCACUUGUGCACAGUUGCUACAGCAGUAGGCACCUACAUCAUUGAUACGGCCUCCCCCAGGCUCUGGCCUCAACUGCUCAAUGUCUUUGAUGAUUUGUCAGGGGCCAGCGAAGAUCUCAUCUGCUAUGGGUUGUCUGGUCAGCGACUUUGGUAUGCUGAGGACUUCAGGCAUUGUAUCAUUGCCGACACCCUCGAACGUGAUGGCCCACCACUGUCCAUCACCUUCCUUGCCCAGGCCUUCCCGCAAACCCAGCUCAGCCGCGAGGAUUUGUGUGUUGAGAUCUGUUGCCCUGAACAUGCUGCUACAGAUUUCUGGUUGGGCUUCCCAUUUCAGAUGACCGAGGCACUCGGGUGGAAGUCUGAGGUGAUUAAUUUCCCCUGCCAGGAUCACAAGGCUAUGUCACUUCGCCUCAGACCUGACCCGACUCGUAUCUAUCUCCAGCCCAGUAGCGUGCAAGGACAGCUUCGUAUCUGGUAUGUGGUCUCGAGACUCAAUAUGGCCCAGGACCUGGCUGAGCCGGAGGACCGGUAUGCCAUUGAGAUUCAAGUUGUUGCACAAGGCAUUUGGCAGGGCCAGCUGCCCGGUACAUUCCAGGUCAAUCUGCUUGAAGAAUGGUGGCGGGAUGCUUCCAAGGCCACUGCCCUCCCACCUGAUGUCCGAGUCUUCUCCGGGCCCCAUCCGUUAUGGCCCGACAGUAGCCUUGAAGCCGUGAGAGCUGAGCGACAGCAUCGUGUUGUCCGAAAGUCAGGAGCCCUGCUGCUUACUCUGCACCCAGCUUGCACGGGGGGUGGAGUUAAAGAGGAAAACUUGAACUGGUCUAAGACACGAUUGGCAGCACUUUGCUUGGCUAAGGGCAUCGACCUGAAUGCUACAACUAGCUUUGUCGAUGCUGUUGCAGCCGCUGCCAACAACCAGCGGCUAUGGCAGGCCCUUCAGACAGGUACUGACGAGGACAAAUGGCAGCAGGUCGUGACUUUCGCCAAAACGGCCCAGGUGCAGCUGCCAGAGGGCACAAAUCAUGUUGCCAAGGCCGAGCUAAGAGCUCGCAGCACAAUGCAAAGGCGCAAGCAGGACCUCAGGGCACAGAUCACAGCAGCUGAGGUGAGCCUCACACCGGGUUUCUUCAAAAAUGAGGAUGGGUCGGAUGCAGCCAUCCUCGAGGGCCUUCGACCGGGCGUUUCGGGGGUGCUGUUGGCGGAUCCUAAGCAUGCUGUCGAACUCCUUCGCACCAUGCGAGGUAUUCAACCUGACGAGCUCGCGCUUGUGGUCCUUGGACACAACUGCCCUAACCCCAAAGAAUGCAGUCAGCAGCUGUCCUUUCCGGCUAAGGGUCGCAACUGUGGUUCCCAGCUGUUACUUGCAGGGUGUUUGCACAACCUUGGGGGAAAAAAGGUCUCGGUGGCACACCAGAAUAAUGUCACGGUGGAUUUGCCUGAUGUUGUGUACUGCACAUUCACUGUCCACGCAGAUGAGUGUGAUGCUGCUAAUUGGAAGGCCUUUUCUGAGUACCCGGUCAAAACGGUUGUCACUGCCUUUGCUGAUGCUGGAAUCGACAAAGUCCUCAGCGAGCCGUGGGGUCGCCGACACCUCAUGAAGGGUAAAGGGACCACACCCAGCCUGGCGGACCAGGUGUCUUUCCAUGCCAGGGUUGACCAGAAGGCCUGUGACACUUUGCUGGCAUGCAGUGGGCACAACUUGGUGUACAUGAUACCACGGCGCCAAGACCAUAGCCUCCAACCGGGCUACAGUGUCAUCUGGAUCGGCCAGUCCAAAGCUGAGGCCCUCAAGGCAGCCCUUCAGGUUCCAGGUCAAUUAGGCAUCGUCAGGGCGAAGAACCGCUAUGGAAUCCGCGUGCACGAGGCAAAGCAUGACAGCACCUUUCAGCAGCUGAGACCGGGGCAGACCAUGCCAUCCAAGGUUGCAGUGAGCCAUCUCUUCCGCCUGGGCCCGGUUCCUCCGAGUGCUGAUGCUACUGCUGUGCAGGCUUGGGCCACCGCCUCGAAUUGGAAGGUCAAAGUCUUGAAAGCACUUGGCCCUCAGCACUGGCUAAUUGGCUCGGAGGUUGAGCCUCCGCUUGCAUAUCCCAGCUUUAACGGCCAAACAGUGCUCAUCACACAGGUCCAGCAAAGGUCAACACAGCAACGGAUUGUCCAGGCGGGCCAGCUGCAACAAAAGCCUCCACCAGGCCUGACCAAGGCCCGCCCCGAGCCCGAGAUAGAUCCCUGGCUGUUCCAGGACCCAUGGUCGAAGGCUGCCUCCUUUGAUAGCCGGUCCUCCGUGUCUUCCCUCUCCACUUCCAAUGCUCCAAGGCAGCUCACAGGCCCCACGGAGGCCCGCUUUCAGCAACAGGAUAGUAGACUGCAGGCACUAGAGGCUGGAAUGCAGGAGCUCAAGAAGCAACAGGAGCAGCAGCAUGCACAACUUGUCCAAACCCAGGCUGAGGAUAGGGAUGCGACUCAAGCAGCAGUCACUGGACUGAAGGAGCAGCUAUCGGCGCUGACGACAGAUCUGGCCGCGCAGCUCCGGGUCUCCACAGAGUCCCUUCAGACGGCUCAGGCGCAGCAACAACACCAGAUGCAGUCCGGGAUUGAUGAGCUGAAGGCCCUCUUCUUGACUGCCCGUGACACACGUGACACCCACAAAAAGCCCAAACUCCAGGAACAGAAGGAUGAUCUCUGA